UGCCCGUAAUGCUUACUGUUAGAUCUCUGUGUACUAUAAGUCUGUUGAGUUGUGUGCUGGCAACUUGUCGGGAAGGCUUUAAGCGCGUGGGCACCAAAUGCUACAUUAUAUCCGACAAUGAAAUGGAGUGGAUUAUGGCCACGGAAUUUUGCCUUGAGAAGAAAGCCCAGAUGUUGGUGGUGGAAAGCGCAACGGAAAGAGAAAUUCUACUGCCAUUUUUCAAAAGCGAAGGUAUUGAAUUAAGCUGCUAUUGGAAAGGUGUUUGGACAGCUAUUAAUUGCCUCAAAAAAGAUCGCGACUUUGUUGUGCAUCCCACAAACGAACAAAUUCCAUUUAAUAUGUGGGGACCUGAUCAGCCCAACAAUUCGUAUCAAAAGUGUGUGCCACUUUGUUAUCACUACAAACCAGCGAAGUUAGUGUAUCAUGAUUGGGACUGCGAUAGUACCCGUUUUAGAGCUGUAUGUCAGUAUCCUGAGCCCCCAGAAGAGGUAGAAAUUUGCGUUGAAGUUGAACAAGCUCCCCCAUAUUGUAAACCUCUUAAGUACUAUGAUUCGCCAAAUAUAAAGCCACUUGCUAAGAUCGCACUUUAAAUAAUUUCUUGAUUAAAUUGAAGAAUUGAAAUAAAAUAACAACAUAUA